GAGGGAGGGAGAGGGAGGGAGGGAGAGAGAGAAAGUUAAAGAUGGCUAAGUGGGGAGAAGGAGACCCUCGGUGGAUCGUGGAGCAGAGAGCUGACGCUACCAACGUCAACAACUGGCACUGGACAGAGCGUGAUGUCAGCGGCUGGUCAUCGGAGCGUCUGCGUCAGCUGUUGUUGGGGGUGCGAGUGGGGGGGCCGGAGGGCUCCGGUCAGCUGACCGACGUCAACAAACUGGACGGAGAGGCGUCCAUCAACAACCGCAAGGGCAAACUCUUCUUCUUCUACGAGUGGAGUCUCACAGCCAGCUGGCUCGGGACGGCGAGCAGCGGUGUGAAGUACCGAGGAACCGUCCACGUGGCCAACCUGUCGGACGAGAACGAGGCGGACGACCUCGACAUCUCGGUGUCUCUGUGUAAGGACCAGCCCGACACACCGCUACUCGGCCUGAUGAGGACACGCGGCGUCCAGGAGGUCCGCCGGGUUCUGGCCCAGUACGUCCAGCAGCUCAAAUCAGAGUUCAGCCAGGGGAUGAUCCUUCCCUCCAACCAACAGCAGAAGACGCCGCAGCCUCCGACACAGAAGAAGAAGCCGCUCCAGACAAGUCAGCCUCAGAUUAGCCCCGCCCCCAAGGCAUAUUCUGGCCCCGCCCCCCCCAGGGCCUCCUCUGGCCCCGCCCCCAGCCCUGCUACCUGCAGCUUUAAUCUGAAGGAAACCUUCCAGACGUCUGCUGCUGAGCUGUACACCACAUUCAUCAGCCAGGAGUUUGUGCAGGUGUUUACCCGCUCGGCGGCGGUGUUGGACGGGCGGCGAGGCGGCCGGUUCCAGAUGAUGGACGGCAGCGUCAGCGGCGAGUUCACCGAGCUGGUCCCUGAACGCAGCAUCCAGAUGAGGUGGCGCUUCAGGACGUGGCCCAGCGACUACUAUGCUGCGGUAAGUCUGGAGCUGCAGCAGCGCGGAGACGAGACGGAGCUCAGCAUGGCGUGCAGCGGCGUGCCGGCGGCCGAGGAGGACGCCACCAGAGAGGGCUGGCGCCGCUUCUACUUCCAGGCCAUCAGGCAGACGUUCGGAUACUGACCCGGUCCAACCCGGUCUGACGCGCAAACAGAGAACUGAUGUUUGUGGUACCUUUUUUUUUUUAGACAAUUUUGUAACUUUUCAUUUUACGUUAGUUAGCGACAAUAACCUUAAAAAAAGGGACAAAAAAAAUCUAAAACUGUGACAAAAAUGUCGGAAAAAGCGACAAAAACUCAAAAUCACAAAUGACAGAAUCAGAUUCUCAAACAGAAUCAGAACCAGAGACAGGAGAAGAGAGACCCGGUCCGACGGCCGACAUUUUUGUUACUUUUCAUUUUACGUUAGUUAGUGACAAUAACCUUAAAAAAAGGGACAAAAAAGUUUGAAAAAUUUGACACAAAAACUUUGAAAAAUGUGACAAAAAUUUCGGAAAAAGCAACAAAAACUUUGUAGAAAUCACGAAUGACUGUCAAACAGAAUCCGAACCAGAGACGGGAGAAUCCUGGACAAGGUCUUGGGUCCGAGGACAAGGUCUCGGGUCCGAGGACAAGGUCUCGGGUCGAAGGACAAGGUCUCGGGUCCGAGGACAAGGUCUCGGGUCGGAGGACAA